AUUGCUGACUGACUCCGUUGAGGUCUAGUCCAGCGGCUGCAGCUCGGUGCGGAGCAGAUGUUGCUGAGUGAAGGUGGAGGGGGAGGCUGAACCGCAGCACCGACACACGAGCGAGCAGCAGCCGACAAUCAUUCAGACUGAGCGACGGCAGAGCGACGGCAGAGCGACGGCAGAGCGACGGCAGAGCGACAUGUCCGUCCUAACACAGCUGGGUCUGCUGCUGUGGAAGAACUUCACCUACAGACGACGACAGACGCUUCAGCUGCUGGUGGAGAUCGUCUGGCCGCUCUUGAUCUUCUUCAUCCUCAUCGCCGUGCGGCUGAACUACCCUCCAUAUGAACAGCAUGAGUGUCAUUUUCCCAACAAGGCGAUGCCGUCGGCCGGCACGCUGCCCUGGAUUCAGGGAAUCCUCUGUAACGCCAACAACCCCUGCUUCAGGAACCCGACUCCGGGCGAGUCUCCGGGCGUCGUCGGCAACUUCAACGACUCCAUAAUCUCUCGUCUGUUUUCAGACGCCAAGAAGAUUCUCCUGUACAGUCAGAACGACAAGAACCUGGACGGGUUCAAGGAGCUGGCUCAGGCGCUGCAGGCGCUGCAGAGCAGUCAGUCAGGCUUCAAGUUGAGACAUUUCCUGAGAGACAAUGAGACUUUGUCUGAGUUCCUGCGGAGGAACGCCUCCUUCCCCGAACAUGGCGUCCAGCAGAUCAGAGAGGCCAACGUCGACCUGGAGAAGGUCCUCCUCAGAGGUUUUGGGGUCCACCUGAGGGACAUGUGUCCCAGGAAGGGGGGCCAGCGGAGUCUGCAUGACUUUGUGACGAUCUCGGACCCUCAGGUGUCGAUGCUGGUACAGGAAGUGAUCUGUCAGGCUCCGCCCACCUGGCUGAACCAGGCCGAGGACCACUUCCUGAACAACCUGGACUUCCUGAAACCCGUCAGGGGGGACGUGAAGACAGACCCUGAGGCCGUCAGACAGGUUGCCAGGGCAACCAACAACCUCCUGGACAGUCUGGGUUCACUGGCAGUCGAGUUGGCUGGUAUGAAGAGCUGGAUCGACCUGAGGAAUGAGAUCAUCUUCCUGACGCAGAACGCCACAUCGUCACCCAGCACCAUGUACCAGGCGGUCUCCAGGAUCGUGUGUGGUCACCCUGAGGGCGGCGGUCUGCAGAUCAAGUCCCUGAACUGGUACGAGGACAGCAACUACAAGGCUCUGUUCGGAAACCACAACAGCAGCGAGGACGAGCCCACGUCACUGUACGACAACUCCUCCACUCCGUACUGUAACAGCCUGGUGAAGAACAUGGACUCUAACCCAAUGUCCAGGAUGAUCUGGCAGGCUCUGAAGCCUCUGCUGAUGGGGAAGAUCCUGUACACCCCCCACAACCCCGCCACACAGAGGGUCAUCCACGAGGUGAACCGGACCUUCCAGGAGCUCGGUGUGUUCAGGGACCUGGGAGGAAUGUGGGAGGAGAUGAGACCCAAAGUCUGGAACUUCAUGGAAAACAGUCAGCAGAUGGACCUGAUCCGGACUCUGCUGAAGAACAAUGUCACUGCCACCUUCUUCCACGCCCAGCUGUCCGACACCGACUGGACCGUGGCCGACGUCUCCAACUUCCUGUCUAAGAAGGUGGACGACCCGCGGCUGCCGGGCAGCACCGUCACCUGGAGGGAGGUGUUCAAUGAGACUGACCAGGCCAUCAUGAGCAUCUCCCGCUUCAUGGAGUGUGUGAACCUGGACAAACUGGAGCCAGUCUCCAGUGAGGAGCGACUGGUCAACCAGUCCAUGGUGCUGCUGGAGGACAGGAAGUUCUGGGCGGGAAUUGUGUUCCCGGACAUCGCCCCCAACGCCACGGAGCUUCCAUCCAAACUCAACUACAAGAUCCGUAUGGACAUCGACAACGUAGAAAGGACCAAUAAGAUCAAAGACGCGUACUGGGACCCUGGUCCUCGUGCCGACCCCUUUGAGGACAUGCGGUACAUCUGGGGUGGAUUCUCAUACCUGCAGGACGUUAUUGAGCAAGGCAUCAUCAGAGCGGUCACCGGCACCAAGGAGAAGACAGGAGUCUACAUCCAGCAGAUGCCAUACCCCUGCUACGUAGACGACAUCUUCCUGCGGGUGAUGAGCCGCUCCAUGCCUCUCUUCAUGACUCUGGCCUGGAUGUACUCGGUGGCGAUCAUCCUGAAGAGCGUGGUGUAUGAGAAAGAGGCGCGGCUGAAGGAGACCAUGAGGAUCAUGGGACUAGAUAACGGGAUCCUGUGGUUCAGCUGGUUCAUCAGCAGCCUGAUUCCUCUGCUGAUCAGUGCUGGUCUAUUGGUGCUGCUGCUCAAGAAGGGGAACCUGCUGCCCUACAGUGACCCUGGUGUGGUCUUCCUCUUCCUGGGAUCCUUUGCCGUGGUGACCAUCAUGCAAUGCUUCCUCAUCAGCACGGCAUUUGCCCGAGCUAACCUAGCGGCGGCCUGCGGAGGGAUCAUUUACUUCACCCUCUACCUCCCCUACGUGCUCUGCGUCGCCUGGCAGGACUACAUCGGCUUCGGAGCCAAAGUGUUCGCCAGCCUCCUUUCUCCGGUGGCGUUCGGGUUCGGCUGUGAGUACUUCGCUCUGUUCGAGGAGCAGGGAGUGGGAAUCCAGUGGAAGAACCUAGUGUCGAGUCCUCUGGAGGAGGAUGACUUCAGCCUCCGCACCGCCAUCAUCCUCAUGUACUUCGACUCCUUCCUGUAUGGAGUCCUCACCUGGUACAUAGAGGCCGUGUUUCCAGGUCAGUACGGGAUCCCUCGCCCCUGGUACUUCCCCUUCACCAAGUCCUACUGGUUCGGAGAAAAGGACGGAAAGUCCAACAAAGUCCCUCUGACCCGGAGAGGAAACUCAGGAGCUGUAUGUAUGGAGGAGGAGCCGGCUCACCUGGAGCCCGGCGUCUACAUCGAGAACCUGGUGAAAGUUUACCGUCACGGUAAGAAACUGGCAGUGGACGGACUGACGCUUGGCUUCUAUGAGGGACAGAUCACCUCCUUCCUGGGACACAACGGAGCUGGGAAAACAACCACCAUGUCCAUCCUGACUGGUCUGUUCCCUCCCACCUCUGGCACCGCCUACAUCCUGGGCAGAGACAUCCGGACGGAGCUGAGCACCAUCAGACAGAGUCUGGGAGUCUGUCCACAGCACAACGUGCUCUUCAGCAUGCUGACGGUGGAGGAGCACAUCUGGUUCUACGCUCGGCUCAAAGGCCUGUCGGAGGAGCAGGUGAAAGGUGAGAUCGAGCAGAUCCUGCAGGACACCGGGCUGCCGCACAAACGCACGUCCAGGACCAGCACUCUGUCUGGGGGCAUGCAGAGGAAACUGUCUGUGGCUCUGGCUUUUGUUGGCGGGUCAAAGGUCGUGAUCCUGGACGAGCCCACGGCUGGCGUCGACCCUUACGCCCGCAGAGGGAUCUGGGACCUCCUACUGAAUUAUCGACAGGGUCGGACCAUCAUCCUGUCCACUCACCACAUGGACGAGGCGGACAUCCUGGGGGACCGGAUCGCCAUCAUCUCUCAUGGGAAGCUGUGCUGUGUGGGCUCGUCGCUGUACCUGAAGAACCAGCUGGGGACGGGCUAUUACCUGACGCUGGUGAAGAAAGAACCAGAACCAUCACUGAGCUCCUGCAGGAACUCGUCCAGCACCGUGUCCUUCACCAAGAAGGAGGAGGAGUGCGCCUCGGUCAGCAGCAGUGACGCAGGACUUGGCAGUGAACAUGAAAGUGAGGCUGCUACCAUCGAGAACGGCCCCGCAGCGUCCAUCUCUGACAUCCCCUUUGUGCCCCCGGACGUGUCUCUGGUCUCAAGUCUGAUCCUGCGUCACGUCCCCGCCGCCCGCAUGGUGGAGGACCUGGGACACGAGCUGACCUACGUCCUGCCAUACCGCGCCGCUAAGGAUGGAGCCUUUGUGGAGCUGUUCAAAGAUCUGGACGUGAAGCUGCCCGACCUUGGCAUCUCCAGCUACGGAGUGUCAGACACCACACUCGAGGAGAUUUUCCUGAAAGUGGCCGAAGAUAACGGAGUCGACACUGAAGUGCCCUCAGAUGGUACACUUCCUGUUCGGAGGCGGAGGAGGACUCAUGCUUUCGGUGGAGGAGACCAUCAGAGCUGCCUGAGACCUUUAACUGAGGACGACAACAACGACUGCAACGAGUCUGACGGAGACCCAGAGUGCAGGGAGACGGACUGGUUGAACUGUACUGAUGGUAAAGGCUCGUACCAGGUCGGCGGCUGGAGUCUGAAGAAGCAGCAGUUUGUGGCUCUGAUGUGGAAGCGGUUUCUAAACGCCAGGCGCUCCAGGAAAGGUUUCUUCGCUCAGAUUGUUCUUCCUGCUGUGUUCGUCUGCAUCGCUCUGGUCUUCAGUCUCAUCGUCCCCCCGUUUGGAAAAUACCCCAGUCUGGAGCUGCAGCCCUGGAUGUACGAGGACCAGGUGACAUUCAUCAGCGACGAUGCUCCCGGAGACGCCAAUAUGCAGAAGUUAUUAGACGCUUUGAUGGAUGCUCCAGGCUUCGGGACUCGCUGCAUGGAUGGACAUCCCAUCCCAGAGGCUCCCUGUACCAUGGGGGACGAGGACUGGCAUAUUCCUGAUGUCCCUGAAAGCGUCCAGCAGCUGUUCAGCUCCAGAAACUGGACCAUGGAGGAUCCGUCCCCGCCAUGUUUCUGCAGCUGUGACGGCAAGAAGAAGAUGCUGCCAGACUGUCCUGCUGGAGCCGGGGGUCUGCCCCCCCCUGAGAUGAACCUGAGCGCCACCGACACUCUGCAGAACCUUACGGGAAGAAACAUCUCCGACUACCUGGUGAAAACCUACGCUCAGAUCAUUGGCAAGAGUUUGAAGAACAAAGUCUGGGUGAAUGAGUUCAGGUACGGAGGCUUCUCAUUGGGCGCCAGGAGCACUCAGGUCCUCCCACCAGCCAAUGAGAUUGAUGACGCCAUCGAGAGAGUCCGAAAGAUCUUUGAGUUACAGAAGGGAGCUGCUGCAGAUCGAUUCCUGGACAGUCUGUCAGGUUUCAUUAACGGUCUGGACACGAAGAACAACGUCAAGAUCUGGUUUAAUAAUAAAGGCUGGCACAGUAUCGGAGCGUUCAUCAAUGUGAUGAACAACGGCAUCCUGAGAGCAAACCUGCCUGACGACAAGGACCCCAGAGAGUACGGCAUCAGUGCCUUCAACCAUCCUCUGAACCUGACCAAGGAGCAGCUGUCCCAGGUCGCACUGGUGACGACCUCUGUGGACGUCCUGGUGUCCAUAUGUGUGAUCUUUGCCAUGUCCUUCGUCCCUGCGAGCUUUGUGGUCUUCCUCAUCCAGGAGAGAGUCAGUAAAGCCAAACACAUGCAGUUCAUCAGCGGAGUGCAGCCGCUGCUCUACUGGGUCGCCAACUUCAUCUGGGACAUGUGUAACUAUGUCGUACCAGCAACACUGGUCGUCCUCAUCUUCAUCUGUUUCCAACAAAAAGCCUACGUCUCCUCCACCAACCUGCCGGUCCUCGCCCUGCUGCUGCUGCUCUACGGCUGGUCCAUCACACCUCUCAUGUACCCAGCCUCCUUCUUCUUUAAGAUCCCCAGCACGGCGUACGUCGUCCUCACCAGCGUCAACAUCCUCAUCGGCAUCAACGGCAGCAUCUCCACUUUCGUCAUGGAGCUGUUUGGAAACAAUGAAAUCGGAGGAAUCAACGACAUCCUGAAGAACGUCCUCCUCAUCUUCCCUCACUUCUGUCUCGGGCGAGGACUCAUCGACAUGGUGAAGAACCAGGCGAUGGCCGACGCCCUGGAGAGAUUCGGUGAGAACAGGUUCCGCUCUCCUCUGGAGUGGGACAUGGUGGGAAAGAACCUGUUCGCGAUGGCUGUGGAGGGAGUAGUGUUCUUCAUCAUCACUGUCCUCAUCCAGUACAGAUUCUGCAUCAAACCCAGGGCCGUCAGUAAACUCACAAAACUGGGAGCACUGGGCGAGGAGGACGAGGACGUGGCCAGAGAGAGACAGAGAAUCGUCAACGGCCUCGGACACGGAGACAUCCUGGAGCUCCGACAGCUCACCAAGGUGUUCAAGAGGAAACAGAAACCUGCUGUGGAUCGACUGUGUGUCGGGAUUCCACCUGGAGAGUGUUUUGGACUCCUCGGGGUGAACGGAGCUGGGAAGACGACGACCUUUAAGAUGCUGACAGGAGACACGGUGGUGACGAGCGGAGAGGCGUUCCUGGCCGGGAAGAGCAUCCUGAGGGAGAUCGAUCAAGUCCAUCAGAACAUGGGCUACUGUCCUCAGUUUGACGCCAUCAACGAGCUGCUGACAGGAAGAGAACACCUGGAGCUGUACGCCGUCCUCCGAGGAAUCCCAGAGAAGGAAGUCUGUGACGUGGCGGAGUGGGGAAUCAGGAAGUUGGGUCUGGUGAAGUACGCUGAUAAAGCAGCAGGAAGUUACAGCGGCGGGAACAUGAGGAAACUGUCGACGGCCAUGGCGCUGAUUGGAGCUCCGCCCGUCGUCUUCCUGGACGAGCCCACCACUGGCAUGGACCCCAAGGCUCGCCGGGCGCUCUGGAACUGCAUCCACAGCGUCAUCAAGGAGGGACGCUCCAUCGUCCUCACCUCACACAGCAUGGAGGAGUGUGAGGCUCUGUGCACCAGGAUGGCCAUCAUGGUGAACGGCAGGUUCAGAUGUCUCGGCAGCGUCCAACACCUGAAAAACAGGUUCGGGGACGGCUACACCAUCAUCCUGCGGGUGGCGGGGCCCGACCCCGACCUGCUGCCUGUCAUGAAGUUCAUAGAGAGCGAGCUGAGCGGCAGCACACUGAAGGAGAAACACAGGAACAUGCUGCAGUACCAACUCCCAUCAUCCCUCACUUCACUCACCCACAUCUUCUCCAUCCUGGCCAAAAAUAAAGAGACGCUGAGGAUCGAGGACUACUCCGUCACCCAGACCACUCUAGACCAGGUGUUUGUGAACUUUGCAAAGGACCAGAGCGACGAGUAUCAUUCCAAAGACACCUCUGUGAGACGGAAAGACGUCUCCAUCAACAUCCCCACGCUGAGCUCCAGCCCAGGAGCCGAGGAGGGGGGAGAGGCGCUGAGGGAAAGCGUCAUGUGACCCCGCCAUCAUGUGACCCCGCCAUGACGUGGCCGUGUGACGUCAGGAGGCUGUAGCUCCGGCCUGAACUCGACCCUGCAGCAAAGAGGACACCCCCCAGCCCCACCCCCCACCCCCUCACCUGUUGUGAUUUGUAGUGGGCGGAGUCACCUGCUGCCUCAUGCCAGUCAAUGCAAAUGAUUUCUUGUGGAGGUGCUGCGCUGCUCGCCGGCUGCCAACCACGCUGAAUGUUAAAUAGCUGGCGCUCGUGGCGGCGCUCAGCUGAUUUCUUCUUUGUGUGAUUGAAGCGGUGCCUCUAAUGAACUCGUCAGGGUCUGUGUUGUUCUGAACUAACGAUGAAGAAUCCGAAUCAUUUCAAACGGCCGAGGGCUCGACUGCAACAAUCACCUUUUUAAAAACACCUUUGAUUCCGUUUUUACCCUCAAACCUUUAUUUAUAUGUGUAGCUGAAACAGUUUGUUGUUUUAUUGUGGCGGAGCCCGAGUGGCCUUCCUGUAGAGUCUAACAGCCAAUCAGAGUGUUCAACACAGAGAGGAGGAGGUGAUUGAUUUUAUAGUUUUUGUAAAAAAAGUAGCAGAUUUGAUCAUGUGGGUGUGAAACAGUCAAAUACCUCAUCAGCUCCUCACAGCACACUACAGUAUUGAACAGCCGAUCGAUUAUUGAUUAUUGAUUCUCCUUCCUGUUUGAAGCUGGAGCUAGUUCUGAGUUCCACCAGCAGGAGGCGACAGUGAACAGCUGAUCAGGGCAAACCAGCUUCAGCACUUUGUGUUUGCACUGAUGAUGAAAUUGUUGUUAUUGAUCAGAGGAGAAGAAGAACUGUUACUGACCCUGAACAACAUUAAAGUGAAACAAAUCAAC